CAGCAUUGUGGGAAGGUUGACGAUGCCUCGUCCACAUGAAUCAUUUUUACGCAAUAAUUUAGAUAACAUAUUUUUCCUCAAGAUUCGGCCUUAGCCUCACAUUCCAGCUUCACGAUGUUGCGCUUCCUGCUGCUGUUCAGCCGGCAGGGGAAGCUGCGACUGCAGAAGUGGUUCACUCCGGUGACUGAGAGAGAGAAAAAGAAGGUGAUCAGGGAAAUGACUCUGAUGGUGCUGGCUCGCCCUCCCUGCUCCUGUAACUUCCUCCACUGGAGGGACCUCAAGAUUGUUUACAAGAGGUAUGCCAGCCUCUACUUCUGCUGUGGUCUGGAGGACCAGGACAAUGAACUGUUGACCUUGGAGGUGCUGCACCGAUAUGUCGAGCUGCUGGACAAAUACUUUGGCAACGUGUGUGAGCUGGACAUCAUCUUUAACUUUGAGAAGGCCUACUUCAUCCUUGAUGAGUUCCUGAUGGGAGGAGAGAUCCUGGAGACCUCCAAGACAGCUGUGGGCAUUGCUAUGGAGGAGGCAGAGACACUACAAGAGACAAUGGAGGAAUAUAUGAGUAAACCGACCUACUGAACCAAUAACAGUCGAACCUUAAGACUGAAGAAUCCUUUCCUCAGUUGCCAUAAGUGCCACAACAUUUAACCUAUUAAACUGUAAUACACUCUUCCAUUCAGACAUCACACAUAGUAAUACACUCUUCCAUUCAGACAUCACACAUAGUAAUACACUCUUCCAUUCAGACAUCACACAAAGUAAUACACUCUUCCAUUCAGACAUCACACAUAGUAAUACACUCUUCCAUUCAGACAUCACACAUAGUAAUACACUCUUCCAUUCAGACAUCACACAUAGUAAUACACUCUUCCAUUCAGACAUCACACAUAGUAAUACACUCUUCCAUUCAGACAUCACACAAAGUAAUACACUCUUCCAUUCAGACAUCACACACAGUCUGUUUUAUAUAAGCACUUUCUAAAAGAUGCAUUAGGAGUUUUAGAAUUCAGGAGUUUGUUUUAAAACAUUGUUUUACUUUUUUUACUUUGAGAUUUUUUUGUGUUAUUAGUUUAAACUAUUUUAUAAUGACCUUAUAUUUGAUAGGAUCGUACAGGUUUAAAAAAAUUGUAGCCUACUUUGCCUUAUGUGAUUUUCAAGCAAAUCAAUGUUAUUUUAGAAUAUUGCAGCUGCUUUUUCAAAUGUUUUAAUUCAGUUGUGAGUUGAUACAAAGGAUGGUAACAACAUUACCAUUUUGAAAGUCACAUUUGUUAUUUGAAUUCUAUGUUGGCUAACGUAGCCAUUGCCUACACAAGCAUAGUGCCUUAUUGUAAUAUUUAUCAGUAGUCAAGCUCUAGCCGGAGGGUUCUAAGGCUGAAGUUAAAGGUGGACAUUUUGGAAAGUGUUGCAAUACCGUUAAAGUUGUACUGUCUGAGUAGUUUUUUGUUUCCAGAAUAGUAUUUUAAAUGUUAGUUGAAGUACGUUGUUUCCAACUUUUGAAAAUUGAUUAAUGCUACUUUAUUAGACUAUCUCUUGGUUUUAUAGCUGGAAUUGACUAGAACUACCCUGCUUGCCCCAGGCUAAGUUCGUUGCAACCUGAGUUGACCCAUGGUGCUAAAAGCAUAGAAAUAGAAUCUCAUUCUGUGUGUCAGAAAUGCCCAAUUUCACAUUUGCUCAUUAUUGUAGCUCCAAAUGGAUUACAAUAUACUACUAGCUUACCUGUCAAACUAAGAUAUUUGAUUGAUCGAGGCUACAUGUUGUUGCUGACACAUUGAGGCAGAUGGUGUUUUGAAUGUGAUAUUCUGCAGCCUGUUCACCAUCUCUGUUCAUCAUCUCUGUGUGCUCCAAAUGAGUAAACACUACACAGUAAGGAAAAAAUAAAGUCAAUGCUUUAUUCA